GGUCCCUUUCCAAGCGCAUUUGGGAAGAUGCAUAAUCUUUCACAUCUAGACCUUUCCUUCAAUGAAUUGCAAGGUCCGAUUCCAGACACGAUUUCAAACUUACAAUCACUCCAAUAUCUGGACCUCUCAUUUAAUAAUUUUCAGCUCUCACAAUUUCCUAAAAUAGGCAAUCUGUGUAGCUUACAAAUACUCCACUUGGAAGAAGCCAACAUCAUCGAUGAGCUUCCCAACAUAAUCCAAACACUAACCGGAUGCGCAAACAAGUCCUUACUGCAUUUAUUUCUAAGUGAUAAUCAAAUCUGGGGUCCAAUUCCAGACACGGUUGGCACAUUCUCAUCAUUACAACAAUUAUAUCUUGAUGAUAACCGUUUGAAUGGAACCAUCAGUCCUCGUUUGGGGCAACUAUCAAUGCUCGAGACCUUGGAUCUUUCUUCCAACUCUCUACAUGGUACUCUCUGUAGCAGCCAUUUCUCAAACCUGUCAAGAUUAUCGGUGUUAGACCUUUCAAAUAAUCCAGCACUGGUGCUCGAUAUUGAAGAUGAUUGGGUUCCUCCAUUCCAGCUGGAUACUAUAUCAUUAAUUUCCUGCAUGUUGGGACCAAACUUUCCAAACUGGCUUGUGAGCCAAAAUAACUAUUCGUUUCUUGAUAUUUCUGCUGCUGGAAUUUCAGACAGCAUUCCGGAUGUUUUUACAUUGCCUUCAGAGCUCUCUUAUCUUAAUAUGUCUCAUAAUAUGAUUUAUGGAACACUUCCAUAUUUUGAAGUACCAACAACCACAGAUUCUAUAGAUAUGAGUUUUAACAAUAUUGAAGGUGCAAUACCACCAUUUCCAGUAAACCUUACCUCAUUACACUUGAAUAACAACAGGUUUUCCGACCCCGUCCUCUUUUUGUGUCCUAGAGGUGAAGUACGUCUAUCCUAUCUUGAUCUCUCAAAUAAUUUGUUGUUCGGGAAACUUCCAGAUUGUUGGAUGAAUUUCGAACAAUUAUCCAUUCUCCAUUUAGAGAAUAAUAACUUUUCUGGUGGUAUACCACCUUCCAUUAGUUAUUUGAAGCAAUUGGAGUCGUUGCACUUGCGCAACAAUAGUUUUUCGGGAGAACUUCCAAGAUCAUUAGAGGAUUGCACAUCCCUAGUUUAUCUUGAUCUUGCUCAUAAUUCAUUUACUGGACGUAUAUUGCCAGGUAUUGGGACUAAUCACAAAAACCUCGGUUUUCUAAGCCUUGGAAGCAAUAAUUUUGUUGGAGAAAUACCUUUGAGCCUUUGUCAAUUGCCCUCUCUUCAAAUCUUGGAUCUCGCUGUCAACCAAAUUUCUGGAACCAUUCCAAAUUGCAUUCGUAAUCUUACAGCAAUGCAAAGUACAUCAGAUAUGAUUCCACCAUUGCAAAAUAAUCAUACUUUUGGAAUAAUUGAGAGUACCAUUCACUCUAGGGAUUUAAUUGUUUUUUCUAUACUAAACACUGAUGCUGCAACAAUUAUGUGGAAGCAAUUAGAAAGGUCCUUUGGGGAGUAUUUAGGACUAGUCAAGCUCAUUGAUCUUUCAAACAAUAAGUUGGAAGGCAAAAUUCCCAUAGAAAUUUCAGCCCUGCAAGGUCUUGUCUCGUUGAGCUUAUCAAGAAACAGCUUGAUUGGAAGCAUCACACCGGAAAUCGGACAAUUGACAGCUUUAGAAGUUCUUGAUUUGUCAAACAACCACCUCUCUGGUGAAAUCCCUGAAAGCAUCACUGCUUUGAACUAUCUCAGCAACUUGGAUUUGUCAAACAACCACUUCUCUGGAGAAAUUCCGAAGGGCACUCAACUUCAAGGUUUCGAUGCUUCAGUAUAUGCAGGAAAUCCUCAACUUUGCGGAGCUCCUCUCCCGUACUGCUCUUGGGAUCAGCCACACCACAACUCGACGAGGGGUGAUAAUACUACUCCCCACGAUGACACUGAUGAUGACAAGAUGUUUUUUGUGGGGUUGUACGUAAGUGUGGUGCUCGGAUUUAUCAUAGGAUUCUGGGGAGUUUGUGGAACAUUGGUGCUCAAAAGAUCUUGGAGACAUGCCUUUUUUCAGUUCUUUGAUGACAUGAAAGAUAGGCUCUAUGUCAUGGUUUCAUUGAGCAUUGCUAAACUUAAAAGGAGGCUCUAAAUCCAGUGAGUUGUUAAUCAAUUUUUUUGUUGAUCUUGACAGAAUGUUAUUGACUGUAUUUAUGAUAUAUCUAAUAAGUUUGAGAUCCGUACUUUCACAUUUCAUUGCUAAGUCAUCUGCCGCUUAGAAUGAACUGAGGGUCUGGAUGGAGGAAAGCCCUCCGGAUGUUAGUCAUGUAAUCCUUGCUGAAUUCAUCUUAAUAAAAUCUAUCCUGUUUUUCUGUUACCAAAAAAAAAAAGGUUCAACUCACCUUAGCUUGCUAAAGAAUGUAAUGUAUCUGUAAUGUAAUAUAAUCGAUGUGAUUCUUACAAUAUUUUGCAAUUAAAAUUAAAU